CUUCUGUGACCAAACGGUUUCAGUUUCCCUGUACUUCCCCCUACUAUAAAAGUUGCAGUGCUUUUCAUCCUUUGUUCACUUGGAGAAAUUCAGAAAGCUGCACAAGAUUGUAGGAGGAUACAAAACAAAAGAGACAGAACACUUUUUAUCCACACUGACCAGCAAGAGCAGGGAACAAGGCUGCACAAUGGCCACAGAGGUCCACAUGUCAGGCCCCAUGUGCCUCAUCGAGAACGUGAAAGGUCAACUGAUAGCCAACCAGGAGGCUCUGGGGAUCCUGGAGGACAUCACACAGCCUGUGGUAGUGGUGGCCAUCGUGGGUCUCUACCGCACAGGCAAAUCCUACCUGAUGAACAAGCUGGCUGGGAAGCAAACAGGCUUCUCUCUAGGUUCCACAGUGCAGUCUCACACCAAGGGGAUCUGGAUGUGGUGUGUUCCUCAUCCCCAGAAGCCAGGCCACACCCUAGUUCUUCUUGACACUGAGGGCCUGGGAGAUGUAGAAAAAGGUGACAAUCAGAAUGACUGCUGGAUCUUUGCCCUGGCUAUACUUCUAAGCAGCACCUUUGUGUACAACAGCAUGGGACCCAUCAACCAGCAGGCCAUGGACCACCUAAACUAUGUGACAGAACUGACAGGCAGAAUCAGAUCAAAGUCCUCACCUGACCAGGAUGAUGUAGAGGACUCAGAGGAGUUUGUAAGAUUCUUCCCGGAUUUCAUCUGGACUCUGAGGGACUUCUCUCUAGAGCUGAAAUUAAAUGGAAAACCAAUCUCUGCAGAUGAAUACCUAGAGAAUUCCCUGAAGCUUAUUCAGGGUUCUGGGCAAAGAGACAGGGUAAAGGAAUUUAAUCUGCCUCAGCUCUGUAUCCAUAAGUUCUUCCCAAAGAAGAAAUGCUUUGUCUUUGAGCGUCCAGUGCAUGGGAAGAAGCUUGGCCAGCUUGAAUUGAUGCAGGAUCAAGACCUGGACUUUGACUUCAUGGAACAAGUGGCAGAAUUCUGUUCCUACGUGUUUCACUGUUCCAAGGUUAAAAUGCUUUCAGGAGGCAUCAAGGUCAAUGGACCACGACUAAAGAGUUUGGUGGUAACCUAUGUGAACACCAUCAGCAGUGGGGGUCUGCCCUGCAUAGAGAAUGCCGUCCUGGCUUUGUCCCAGACAGAGAAUGCAGCUGCAGUCCAAAAGGCCAUUGCCCACUAUGACCAGCAGAUGAAGCAGAAGUUGCAGCUGCCCACAGAGAACCUCCAGGAGCUGAUGAAACUGCACAGGGCCAGUGAGAAAGAAGCCAUCAAGAUCUUCAUGGAAAAUUCCUUCAAAGAUGUUAAUCAAGUGUUUAUGACACAAUUAGAGAUCGAGUUAGAAACAAAGCAAGAGGAAUUCCUUAAGAAGAAUGAACAGGCAUCUUCAGAUCGCUGCUCAGCUCUGCUUCAGGAUAUUUUCAGUCCACUAGAAGAAGAUUUGAAGCAAGGGUCUUAUUAUAAGCCAGGGGGAUACCAACUUUUUAUCCAAAAGAUACAGGAGCUGAAGAAAAAGUAUUAUGAGGAACCCAGGAAGGGAGUUCAGGCUGAAGAAGUUCUCCAGAAAUUUUUGCAGUCCAAGGAUGAUGUGACUGAUACAGUUCUACAGACAGACCAGGAACUGACAGAAAAGGAAAAGGAUAGUGAAGUGGAAUAUGUUAAAGCUGAAGCUGCAAAGACUAUAGCAAAAAUGCAGCAGGAAAUGCAACAACAGAUUGAACAGUUGCUGAAACAGAAAGAGAAGAGCCAUGAGGAGCACAUGAAACAGUUGACUGAGAUGAUGGAGAAGGGACAGGACCAGAUGAGAGAAAUGCAACAAAAGAAUGAACAGAUGUUGCAAGAGAAAGAGAAGUGUCACAAGGAGCACAUGAAACAGUUGGCUGAGAAGAUGGAGAAGGCACAGGUCCAGUUGAGAGAAAUGCAACAGAAGAAUGAACAGUUGCUGCAGCAGAAAGAGAAGAGUCACGAGGAACACAGGAAACAGUUGACCAAGAUGAUGGAGAAGGCACAGGACCAGAUGAGGGAAAUGCAACAGAAAAAUGCACAGUUGCUGCAACAGAAAGACAAGAGUCACGAGGAGCACAUGAAACGGUUGACUGAGAAGAUGGAGGAGGCACUCUGCCAGAUGAGGGAAAUACAACAGAAGAACACACAGUUGCUGCAACAGAAAGUGAAGAGUUACAGGGAGCACCUGAAACACCUGAUUGAGAUUUUUUCAGAAGACACAGAAAGUCUAUGAGGAAGUGUGAGAUAUUUAAAUUACUGAAGAUGUUCUCUUCAUUUAAAAAUAUUUUAAAAUGUGUGUGUGUGUUCAUAUUCGCAUAUGUUCAUGUAGUAUGUGUAAAGACACAAAGGGGGAGCUAAGCUACCUGAGUUGGAUGCUUGGGACUGAAUUCUAGUCUGUUACACACUCUUUAUUGCCGAGCCAUCUAUCCAGUCUCUGCUCUCUCCAUUUCUCUUCAUGGUGAAAUGUAGUGAAGCCUAAAGACUGACCAGGCCUGCUCCCUUGUUCUGUUUAUUCUUAAAUACCUGCUUGAUACUCUGAUGCCCAUGUCUCCUGAUUAAGUUAGGAACAUGCAAUGGGUGUCAUACUAAGUCCAUUACAAUAUAUACAGAGUUAUAUUAUGUCA